AUCGCACUCACACCGCGGACACCGCCGGGCUAUACGAGGAAAGACGGGACCCGACCCGCAGCCCUCCAGCGCGGCGCCACGCCGCCACGGCAAUGGAGUCCGACGCGGAGCGAGCCCCAAACCCUAGCAGCCACCACCACCAACCCCUCCGGCCAGCCAAGUCCGCGGCGUUCAAGCGCGAAGAGCGCCGCAAGCGCAAGGACCGCAAGCGGCAGGAGCGCCUCGCCGACGAGCUCGCGCGGUGGGAACCCCUCGGCGCCCCGCCGUCCCGUCCGGCCGCCACCGGAUCCGUCUCCCCCUCCAGCCCGCAGCCCGACAUACCGUGGCCGUGCGACUCGCCGCCACCUCCGGACCCGGCGGAAUGGAGCUGGGGCCCGCCCGCCGUACCCCCGCCCCAGCCCACGGUCGAAGUGGCGGCGGCGGUCCCGUUGCACCCGCAGGCCGCCGCCGUGAGGUCCUGCCGCGCGUUCUUCGAAGCGCGGAUCGAAGAUGACGAGGAGGAGGAGGAUGCUGAAGGCAGUGCGGCACGGUUCUUCGGCGAACUGCUGGGCGGCGACGCGGCGCUGAGGGGAUUCUACGAGGCGGAGCGGGAGAAGGGGCAGUUCCUGUGCCUGGUGUGCGAGGGGAGCGGCGCCAGGGUGGGCAAGAGGUUCGCGGGCUGCGCGGCGCUCGUGCAGCACGCCGGGUCUGUCGCCCGGACCAAGAGGAGGCUGGCGCACCGCGCGUUCGCCGGCGCCGUCGGCCGGCUGCUCGGAUGGAGCGCAAGCCAGGCCGCGCCGCCGGCGGCAGGCUCUGACAGCGAUGGCGCUUCUCAAAGCGUAGACAUGGAGGUGUCCUGAUCGUAGACGUAGAGCUUUAUCCAGGCAGGCUCUGACAGGUAUGGCGCUUCAGAUCAACUUGAUACUAGCUCUCAAAGCGUAGAAAUGGAGGUGUCCUGUUGUCCUGAUCCUAGAGCUUUGCCCCCUUGGUGAAGGGAAACAGUGUACAACAUGCUUCAAGCAUCUUGAACUCAGUGAUCGUCACAUUGUUGAAUAUCUUUAGUUCUCGACUGGACAUCAUGGAUUGCUGGUUUGCUCCUGAUAGUAUUGACCUUUUGAAUUGUCAGGAGUCCUGUUCCCAUUUUA